UUAUUGUCAUCAUCAUCAUUCUUGCUUAUAAGGAUUACAAAGUGCUUUCUUAACCCAUGUAGUAGGUAAUGUAAAUAUCAUCUCCAUUUUACAGUUGAGAAAACUGAAGUUUAGAAUGACUUUGAAGUUAGUAAAUGUGACAUUCCUUGAAAUAUAAUGUAUGAGAGGCAAUGAGCUAAAUAUAUUGCAUUUAAUGUAUCACAAUGUUUUUGGAAGACAUCAACAAUGUACAAAAGUUACUUGAGCUUAAAUGAUCCUGCUUAACUUGGCCAAGUCACUUAUCAUUUCUAAUAGCCUUCCCUUAAAUGAAGGGGAUGACACCAGAUGACUUCCAGAGUAUCCUGUCAGAUUUAAUCCUAUGCUUCCAAAUCUGAAGCUUCUUUUGCUUGACUCAAGGAAACGAUAUUGGGGACUAUAUCUCUGAUAGAUGUGGGAAUAAAAGAUCUGGUGACUGGGGAAAAAUAAAUCUUAACAUAUUGUAUAAUGUUUAGGAUUUAAAAAAAACUAUCAAUGACUUUAUAUAAAAUUGCUAUCAACAUUUCUGUAGCAUAAACAAUGGCUGAAAGCAGAGUUUACACAGGAUCAUAAUUACUUUUCAUUCAAGAAUUAAUUCAGCACACAUUAAGUAUUCUAUAAAUCCCGUGGUUCUUUAUCUUCCCAAGCCUCCAAAUGUGCCCACGGUGAAUAAAUAUGUAAGCUUCUGACAUUUACAGAAGAGACGCUUCUCAUCUGUAAUUCCAUCCCUCUUCACAAAGGUGUGCUGAUGUUGCAGGCUGCACCUCGGAGAAGGUACCAGGAGAAAAUAGGGUGAGAUAAAAUCAAUAUAAUUUUCACUUGUGACCUUACUCUAAGGUUAAGAGACAAACAAAGUGGAAGAAGGUGCUUUUGUUUUAGAAUAGUGGCGUUAAGGUGAGGAAGGACUGCGUCGGAGGAGAAGGGGAAAGGGCAAAGGGAGAUUCUGGCUUGAAAGAACAAACAUCCAGACCGUUCUCCCAGAAAUCAAGAUCAAAUGUUGUCAUCUUUAAAUUUCCCACCAGGAUAAGCAGAGGAGAUGGAGACACGAGUUUUCCUUUAAACGCCUGCACCGACCACAUACAACCGGCACCGGCCAACCCCCAGGUUCUCUUAAUUUGUUGAUGAAUUGAGGGAGCCACUCUACUCCAUCCCCAAUUUCAAGUGGGAAAGCUUGGGAAGUACGUGCGUUUUCCCACCCCUCAAAAAUCAUCCAAGAGUCGAGAGUUCGCACAGUUAUGAUUAUGAUUAUGGCUAUGAUUGAGGGCUAGUUCCUCCCCCCGGCACUCCUGAGCCCCUUUCCUCCAACUCCCCGCCCCGGCUUUCGUUCUUAGGGGGCUGCCCCUCGGAACUCCCGCCCCCUGGCGACGGCGCAGGCGGCCAGCGUCUGGCGGCUAUCUCUUUAAGUGACAGCUGUGGCUAGAGUCCCAAUCCGGGGCUUGACGUCAGUGCAGCUUCCCCGGGCAGCGGAGCUGGUCCUGCUGCCUGUGGCUCGCCUCGCGCUCGCCUGGCGCGCUCGCUCUCCUCUCCCGGCCGCCCGGGAGGCGACUUACUGUUGCUCCGGUGCCUCCUCCCUCCUCCCGGCUGCGAGCGGAGCGGCAGCCCGAGCGUCUCCCACUCAGCCCCUCGAGCCCGGGAGGAGCAGCCGUCAUUCCCCUGCCGCUGCAAAGGCGCCGGCACUAGCGUCCCUCCCCGCCCCGGGCGCCCCGAUGGAGAGCGAGGGCCACCGCUGCCGCCGCCGCUCCGAGCACUGAACCGCGGAGAGCGCAGCCGGCCGGAGGGCGUCGGGGCAGCCGGGCGCGCGAGAAGGCGACCCGAGGGCGUGACGGUGGCGGGAGGAGGGAGGGGGUGGGCGGCAGAGGGGAGCGGGCGAGAGACAGGGGGCUGCUUCCAGGGGUCGCUCGGCUGGCCGGGGGCAUGACCAUGGCUCUGAAGGACACGGGCAGCGGAGGCGGCACCAUCCUGCCCAUCAGCGACAUGAUCUCCUCCACUUCCCCGGCGCCGGCGGCCGCCGGCUCUUUCGCGGGUCCCUGCGCCCCGUCUCCCUUCCCCGAGGUGGUGGAGCUGAACGUGGGGGGCCAGGUCUACGUGACCAAGCACUCGACGCUGCUCAGCGUCCCGGACAGCACUUUGGCCAGCAUGUUCUCGCCGCCCAGCCCCCGGGGCGGCGGCCGGCGCCGCGGGGAGCUGCCCAGGGAUAGCCGGGCGCGCUUCUUCAUCGACCGGGACGGCUUCCUCUUCAGGUACGUGCUGGAUUACCUGCGGGACAAGCAGCUCUCCCUGCCCGAACACUUCCCGGAGAAGGAGCGGCUCUUGCGCGAGGCCGAGUACUUCCAGCUGGGCGACCUGGUCAAGCUGCUGUCGCCCAAGGUGACCAAGCAGAGCUCGCUCAACGACGAGGGCUGCCAGAGCGACCUGGAGGACAACCUGUCUCAGGGCAGCAGCGACCUGCUCCUGCUGCGGGGCGCCGCCUCGGCCGCCGCCGCCGCCGCCGCCGCCCCCGGGCCCGGCGGCAUCAGCAGCGGCUCCCUGCUGGACAAGCGCUCGGGCUUCCUCACGCUGGGCUACCGGGGCUCCUACACCACGGUGCGGGACAACCAGGCGGACGCCAAAUUCCGCCGCGUGGCGCGCAUCAUGGUGUGCGGCCGCAUCGCGCUGGCCAAGGAGGUCUUCGGGGACACCCUGAACGAGAGCCGGGACCCCGACCGCCCCCCGGAAAAGUACACGUCCCGCUUCUAUCUCAAGUUCACCUACUUGGAGCAGGCGUUCGACCGGCUGUCGGAGGCCGGCUUCCACAUGGUGGCGUGUAACUCCACGGGCACGGCAGCCUUCAUCAACCAGUACCGGGACGACAAGAUCUGGAGCAGCUACACCGAGUACAUCUUCUUCAGACCACCCCAGAAAACGGUGUCACCCAAGCAAGACCGGGAGGAUAGGAAGCAGGAUAAAGUCACAGACAAGGGCAGUGAAAGUGGGACUUCCUGUAAUGAGCUCUCCACGUCCAGUUGUGAUAGCCACUCAGAAGCCAGCACCCCACAAGACAACCCAGCUAAUGCCCAGCAGGCAGCAGCUCAUCAACCAAAUACUUUGACAUUGGAUCGUCCCUCCAAAAAGGCACCAGUGCAGUGGAUGCCACCUCCGGACAAACGCAGGAACAGUGAACUCUUUCAGACACUAAUUAGCAAGUCCCGUGAAACGAAUCUUUCUAAAAAGAAAGUGUGCGAGAAGUUGAGUGUGGAAGAAGAAAUGAAAAAAUGCAUUCAGGAUUUUAAAAAAAUCCACAUCCCCGAUUAUUUUCCAGAACGCAAACGCCAGUGGCAAUCGGAACUGUUACAGAAGUAUGGGUUAUAGUAAUGGUCCGCUUCACAAAAUAGUUCAAGAAAUAUCCAAUGUUGAUUUACUUAUCAGUACCUGACUGAUGUCUUCCUUAUGGUCUAUUCUGCAGUCAGUGUGGUCCUUGCUGCUCUUCCGUAAAUAGUAGAUGGUGGACAGUACCUGGUUUUGUUUUGUUUUGUUUUCUAAAAAAUGAAAAAAAAAAAAAACCGAAAUGAAACACGCAAAUACAAAAUGAAAAAUGAUGUGUCUGAUCUAAAGCGGUUUGUAAGCGUGAAGUGGAAAUGUGCAUGAUCAAGAGUCUUGAAAUCUUGAUUUUUCAAGCUCUAGUCAACUGGACAUCUUGUCAUUUUGUAGUCCAUCAAACACCAGUCAUCGUAUCACCCCAUGUUCUGUCACCAAUAAACAUGACUUAAUAUGGAUGAAGCAACAUGAAGUAUAAAAUAUUAGAAGAUGGUUAUAGAACCCAGUCCCCAACUGUCUCAUUGUUUAAUGCAAUAAAGCAAAUCUCUCUUUUGCAUGAGCACAAUGUUAAAAAAUAAGUCACACACACAAAAGGAAAGACCGGUAGGUUGUUUGGAUAAAUAUUUGUUUCAGGCCAAACUGAUAUAUUUAAGGGGUGUUGGGGAUUGAAUUUAUUUUGUUCCAGAUCUGUGAUUUUCCUGUGUGUAUGGUGUUCCCUAUGUAAAGAUGGUGUAAAUAUGCCUUAUACUGUUUUAUUAUGGCACCAACAUUCAUCUAUUAGUGCUCGUCAGGAUUAUUUCUGUGAAAUGCAAACAUUGCAGCAGAUUGUGAAAAUUGAUCUGAUGGUACUCUGAAAGUUCCUGUUUAUCAUGCUAGUCAACAACCUUGGACAAAUGGAAAAAAAAAACAUCUUAAUGUGUCUAUUAAAAAGGAACAUGUGAUAGAAUGA